AUGCUAUCAUAUGUGUCAUUAAAUUCUAAAGACAGUUUGGAAGAAUUUCUUUAAUUAUAUCAGUGUAAAGAUUCAAAGAGAAAACCUAUGUUGAAAAAAGAGCGAGAAAUAGUUCAAUAUUUGAAAGGACUUGGUCUUCAAAUGAAAACUGACCCACUUUUAAAACUAUAACGUAUAGCUAAGUAUAUCAUUUAUAUCAAAUUAGUUUUGCUAUUUAACUUGAUAAUUCACCUGAUUCAAACGAUGAAAUUAUACUUGAAAGAAAAUAACUGCAUAGUGAUGAUAAAGAAUUCAAUAUAUCUAACAAUCCAUUAAUCAAAAGAGGAAGUAGAAAAAUAAUACGCUCUUUCUCCUUUGAAAAUAAAGAUCAAAUUUUAAAUGAUCAAAAUGAUAAUGUUGAAUAACAUUAGUUUGACUGA